AAAAAAAAAAUGACAAAUUUCUGAUUUACUUACAAUUAGGCCAAACCUUAGCAAUGCCAUUGUAGUUUACACACACACGCACAAAAUAAAAAAAAUAAAAAAAAAUAAAUUGUUGUGCGAGUGAGAACAAUGUGACAAUUUUGACCUUUUGCCCCUUUCUCUCUCUAGUGAUAUGUUUCUCUCUUGGGCCGGAGGUGUUUUGGAAUAGAAAGCUUUGGCUUCUACUUUAUGCUCAAUUCAAGAUUGGUUGGCUGGCACACAGAGAGGAGGGACCCCAAAAGAGGACAAGUGAGAAUUCCAAAGCUUAAUUUAAAUUGGACUACUUUUCAACCCCACUUGUUCUUCUUCCCCAUCAUCAUUACCUUUGGAAUAGGAAACAGUUUGUUUGAUUUUUUUUGUUGAUUCAAUUCCAUUGGCGACGACUUGUGAGCUCAUCGAAUCCUUGGUUUUCAUUCAUUUCUUCUGCAAGCUUGCUUCAUCCUCUGAACGUGAGCUCUCUCUAUAUAUCAUGAUUGUUUUAUAUAGAUUCAAUAAUUGAAGACUUCGAAUCAAACCAAUUCUGUCUCUGCCACUCUCUCUACCAUGCAUAAUUAAAUUGAAGAAUCUGAAUCAAAUCCGUUUAGAAACACCCAUUUCAUUCCCAGCUCUCUCUAUCGCUUGUUUUAUAGAUGCAAGAAUUGAAGAAUUUGCAAGUAACCGAUUUUGUUUCCAGGUCAGAACUUAUUCAAUUUGGUCUCAGUUCUUUGUAAAAGAGUAGGUUUCCAGGGAUUUGAAGGGUGACCCUUUUCAGUAUAUUUUGAUGAUUUUGUUCUCGUCAGUUAUUGGGGUCAUACCUGCUUGGAGGUUGUGAAUUGUUCAGUUUAUGUAUUAUAAACACACAGAUUUGUUGCUCUAGUUUUGAUUUCCUGCAAAAUCAUAAAUUGUCAAUUUAAUUAUUAUGUUGUCUGGUCCCUGUGACUCUAACUUGCUUCUGGCUCUGCCUGACGAUGUCUUUGCCAUAGUCACACGAUCCCUCUCUCCAAGGGAUCUGUGUAAUCUCGGUCUGUGCUGCCGGUGUCUAUAUGCUCUGGCAGCCUGUGACAAGGUCUGGCUUAGCCAAUGUGACAUGAUAGGGGUCAUUCCCCAUCCAGACCUUGUUGGAUGGCGAAAGGGUGUUUUCUCUUACAAGGCUCUAUGCCGGUUCCUCAUCGGUGUUCAGCCAUUGAUUGGAAUUUGGGUUCAUCAAAACCCUGAGCUCGGCAAUGUAGUUUAUGUCAUGCCUGGUUUUAUUUCAAUUGUUGGGUGCCGGAUCAUCCCACAAGAGCUUGGUCCCUUAGGUAUUGAAGAUGGUCCUAUUCUGUGGGCACCAGUGUUUGAGAUUCUUUGUGAUGUUGAUGGUUCUGCUGCAUUUUUUCUACAUGGGAGGGAGAGAGAAACUGACUAUUUCUAUCCUGGUUCAAUCAAGCCUGUUGAUUUGACUUGCAAUGUGCUGUUGCUUGAGGUUGAGCCAAUCCAACAAAGAAAUGGGGAUAAACUGGUUCAUAGUAAAAGCUUGGCCCACGUCGUUGAUAAGGAGCUAUCAAAAAUUUGUCGAUCUGAUAGUGGGAUGUCAAAGUCACAAAGGGUAUCUGGACAGAAUGUGUCAAAAGUGCCCUUCAGUCGAUUGGCAUUUGGUGAUAGAAGAAAGCUACUUGAGAUUGUUACCAACCAAGUCCGUCUAAAGGUGCCUGAUUCGGCAAAUGGGCUACCAUUUCCUUGUUUGAGGGGUGAAGAGGAGAACCUUAAGAAGGAUAUGACAUUAUUGAAUCAACGAAGAUCAUUACUUUUAGAGAUGCACAAGCUUCAUGGGGAUCACAUUGAUUGGAAGGCUAGUCCUGAGCUGCCUCCAGAUCCUACUCGGUUGGAAUUGAGUGAGAUCAGAAACUGUUUUGAUCGUUCAAGUGCUUCUUGCAGUUCUGUCAAUGGGGAUGUUGGUCGCCCACAGUGCACUAAGAGGAAAACACUUGUUGGGUAUUUUAGGGACAGCCUGAAACAGAUGAUUGGAAAAUCAAGCUCAAUCAAUGGCAGCCGUGAAAUUUUGAAGAAUGGUUCUUUCAGCAGUGAGAAUAGGCAUGCACAGCUUCAAGAAUUUAUGAGGUCAGGUGAUACAAUAGGACUGUCCUUACAUGCUGCAACUGUGAAGUUAUCUUCUUAUAGAGCAUGGCCAAAUAUGCAUGAUAGUCGAUUUGCUCUUUACAAGUUGCCCAUGCACCCCCCAACAGCAGGUCGAGAAUAUAGUGGCCUAUGGGGAGGCACUUUUGGCUGGCCUCCUGGGAGGCCUACGGAAGACAAGCCUGGAAAGGCUCUGUUCUUUCUUUUGCUCUCUUAUGAAGAAUCCCAAGGGCAACGCCUUCUCAUUGCAACCAAAAUAUUAGAAGGAACCCACUAUGUUCUGCAUCCAAACGGCUCAGCCAUGUUUAUAGUGAAUGUCGAUGAGCCUUCACUAGACCCAUUCCCUUGGGAUAUUGACGAAGAUUUACUUCCCAUUGAAGUCAAGCAUGCUUUUACUGGGGAAGGUAUUGCAAAUGGAUAUGGUUUUAGAUAUCCAGGUUCCAAGCCUGGUUCACUCUUCGUGAUUCAAGAUGAAAUGCUUGCUUUCAUAUGGAAGGAGUCCAGGGCUGUCUUGACCUUGCAGAGGCUUAACUUGCAAGAGCUUCUUAAGAAGGGUGAACGGGUGCCUGCUUUACCUCCAAUUGCCAACUUUUCAUAUUUAACCAAAUCUUACUCAAAUGUGUUUGCUGGCUUCUCAACCACCUCAAAUUGUCCAUCUUCAACAAGAUGAACGACUCAAGACAUUUCAAACACAUUAUGAACCCAAGUUUUGGGUAAGAAUUUGCUGGCACAUGACUCAAUGACUUCACAGAGGCUUUCUUCACUCACAUGAUUGGGUAUUGCGUAGAAAUCACAAAUUCUGAUUGGAUUGAAAGUAAGGCACUUAAUUGAAUCAAAAAGUGUCAACCAGUUCUCAAACAUUGAAACCGUAAUCAAGAAUGGAAAUGCAUAGAAUCACACAGAAGGUGGAUUGUUUUGGGUGAAACAAUUGCCUUCACGAUUAGAGGCUGGAAUUGCGAAGUUUGUGGGAGUAAGUUGAAGUGAACAACUACCGGGCUCGCAAGGAUUUGAGUGCGAACCAGGCAUAAGUCUGAGACUGAGAUACUUAUCUACAAAUCUUAGCAAAGCGAAUUUUGAGCAUUCAGGAAGAAUCAUCUAUAAAAUAUCUCUUGGAUCUUGGAAUGCAGAGUAAAGAUUUGACAAUUAUUGCACAGCCGUCGUUUUGAUUCCUUGUGUAAGAACUGAAUGCUCGUUGGCUGCUGUUGAUAGCUUAGUGAUGAUGGACUUCAUUUAUCAUCGUGAUUCUCAUUGACGAUUUAUUCUCCUAACUGCUUUCAAAAUGUGACACAACUCCUUUCUCCUAGAUGGUGAAGUUUAAGGUGCAGCAGUAAAAAACAGGUGGCCGGCAAACGUGAGAAGUGGCUUUGAGUAUGGGGGUGGCUACACUGCAAAUAAAGAUGAGGGUGGGUUGUAGUACUCAAUCAAACACUCGACCGUGCUGAACCGGGACCAACAAUGGGUAACGAGCUUAGUUUUUUCUUGAUUGAAAUGGCAACUACAUGUUCGGCCUGUUUGAAUUUUGUGUCAAAGAAGCUUGAGAUUUUGAGGGUUUUCAAUUUCUUCUAUUUGAUUUUUUUUUUUUUUUUUUUUUUUUUUUUUUUUUUUUUUUUUUUUUUUGUGUUGUUGUU